AUGUGGAACUUGUUUGUAGUUUGUUUAUUCAUCUUGUCAACUAGAGUCUCGUCGGAUAUGUCAACUUGUGCCAGAAUGAAUGAUUAUGGAAUGGGAAAAAUUGCGCAAGGUUUGUGUAUUACAAGUUGCAGUGUUCAGAAUUGUGGAACUGGUCAUUGUGAAAAUCGGGAAAUUGGAAAACGAAGUGUUCGAGAAAAAAGACAAACUCGACCAACAUGUGUUUGUUCGAGAUGUGGACUUGGAUCUUCGACUAAAUUGACUGAUUUUAUUGGUGCAUUUCUUUGA